AUGGACUUGUCUUUUCCAACCGACGUACAGGAAUUCGACAGCGAUGAACGCAUAUCUUUCUCUAAGCUAGAUAACAAGUUCAUCGCGGUCCAUGACGAUGGCACCGAAUUCGAAUUCGACGCCGACUUGAAGAAAUGGGUUCCUACGGAAGAGGAGCCAUUGGACGACGAUUUAGACGAUCUUAGAGAGUACAGCGGAACCCCUGCAGAUGACGAUACGUCAAAUAAGAAGAGGAAGCAAGGAGUAGAAAAUGGAGAUGCGCAAAAGCCUCCGCCUCAACCUAAACAAAACACAGCCGUCUACGUGACCGGCCUCCCCGCCGAUGCCACGGUCGACGAAGUCCACGACCUGUUCUCUCGCAAAGCCGGCGUCAUUGCUGAGGAGAUUGACAGCGGAGCGCCGCGAAUCAAGAUGUAUAAUGACGACAAAGGCAACUUCAAAGGCGAUGCCCUCAUCGUAUUUUUCAAGCCUCAGAGCGUCGACAUGGCCAUCAUGCUGCUAGACGACACCAAUUUUAGAUUUCUGCCCAGUGGCACGACGGAAGGAAGGAUUCGAGUCCAAGCCGCUGAUUCAAGCUACAAAAAGACCCAAUACGACCAGGAGGGGGGUGCUCGCGAGGCAAGCAAUGGCAAUGGCCAGAAACGACAAAGGAACGAGAGAGAUCGACAGAAAAUCAUCAAGAAGACACAGAAGCUUGACGCUAAGCUUGCUGACUGGGAUGACGAUGAUCCAUACGCGUCAUUGGUGCCAUCUAGCUCGAAGCGGGACAAGACUGUGAUCCUACGGCACAUGUUCACUCUCCAAGAGCUGGAGGAGGAUCCUGCUGCGUUGUUGGAAAUCAAGGAAGACAUCAGAGACGAGUGCUCCAAACUUGGCGCCGUCACCAGUGUGGUUCUGUACGAUUUGGAGCCUGAUGGCGUGGUAUCUGUCAAAUUCAAGACGACCGAAUCUGCAGCUGCGUGCAUCAAGCUCAUGAAUGGACGAAGCUUUGGCGGCAGCACUGUCGAGGCAUCACUGUCGGUGGGCGAGAAAUUCAAGAAGUCGGAAAACGAAGCCAACGAGGACUCAGAUUAA